GAACCGGUCCAAUUCAUUUUUCUGCCCUAAUUCUCAUCCAAUAAAACCCUAAACCCCCGCCUCCAAAAAAAAAAUCCCUUUUUCCGGCCCAACGCCUCUCCUCUCUUCUCAAAUCUAUUCGAAGAUGCCGAAGCACUAUCGACCUGCUGGCAAGAAGAAGGAAGGAAAUGCGGCCAAGUACAUCACGAGAACCAAGGCGGUUCAUUAUCUCCAAGUCAGCUUGGCAACAUUCAGGAGGUUAUGCAUUCUCAAGGGGAUAUUUCCUCGGGAGCCGAAGAAGAAGGUGGAGGGGACCCACAAGACUUACUAUCAUAUGAAGGAUAUCUUGUUCUUGGCUCAUGAUCCUUUGGUUGAGAAGUUCAGAGACAUAAGGGCGCAUAAGAGGAAGGUUAAGAAAGCAUUAGCAAAGAAAAACAGGGACCGCGCAGAUCAAUUACUAUCUCGUCAGCCAAAAUAUACACUUAAUAGGCUUAUCAAAGAAAGGUAUCCUACUUUUGUUGACGCGCUACGAGAUUUGGACGACUGCCUCACUAUGGUACACCUCUUUGCAGCAUUACCUGCUGUUGUGGGUGAACGCAUUCAAGUAGACAGGAUUCAUAAUUGCCUAAGAUUAAGUCAUGAAUGGCAAGCCUACAUAUCUCGGACGCAUAGACUGCGCAAGACUUUCAUAUCUGUUAAAGGCAUAUACUAUCAGGCUGAGGUCGAGGGUCAAAAAAUCACAUGGCUAACUCCACAUGCCUUGCAGCAAGUUUUGACUGAUGAUGUUGACUUUAAUGUCAUGCUUACCUUUUUAGAGUUCUACGAGGCUCUUUUAGGUUUUGUAAACUUCAAGCUUUAUCAUUCCAUAAAUCUGAAGUAUCCACCUAUUCUAGAUCCUAGACUUGAAGCUGCAGCUGCUGCACUGUAUGCUUUAUAUCGGUACAUUGGUUCUGGUUCUGGAACAUCAUUUGGGACUCGAGCCAUUACUUCUGGAAAAGAGGAAGAUGAGGGUGGAAAAGAUGAUAAAAGAACCAAUGAAUCGGAACUUAGAUUGGCCCAGCUCCAACAUCAGUUGCCAGCUAAUGAACCGGGUACAUUGAUGCAUCUUAUGGAGGAUGCUACCACUGUGGCUGAUGAGGACGAAGAAACAAAGUCAUGCAAGAAUCUAUUUAAAAAUCUAAAUUUUUUCUUGAGCCGUGAGGUUCCAAGAGAGUCAUUGCUGUUCGUCAUUCCGGCAUUUGGAGGUGUUGUUUCCUGGGAAGGUGAUGGUUCUCCAUUAAAGGAAACAGACAAGAGUAUCACUCAUCAGAUUGUUGAUAGGCCGAGCCAGGGUCAUCUUUUUCUGUCUAGAGAAUAUGUUCAGCCCCAGUGGGUAUAUGAUUGUGUAAAUGCUCGAAUCUUGCUACCAACAGAGGCAUAUAUGGUUGGGAGAGUCCCUCCCCCACAUCUUUCACCUUUUGUGGACAAUGAGGCUGAAGGUUAUGUUCCCGAAUAUGCUGAGACCAUCAAGCGUCUCCAAGAUUCAGCUAAAAGCCAAGUGUUACCAAUGCCAGGCUUAGAUGAGGGUUUAGAUGAUCCACUGAAUCUUUUGGCUGAAGGUGUUAUUGAUAGGGCAGAAGCUAAUGAGGCAGCGGAGAAGAAACGCAAGUUGAUGAUGCUUGAAAAGCAGCACCACGAAGAACUGAAGAUGGAACUGCAGGGUAUUACUUAUUCUGCUUCUUUAUCAAAUAACAAUUUGCCGGAACCAGUUGAAAAAGAUGAGGUCAUGGAAGAUGCAAAAGAGGAAUUAGAACGUGCUGCUGAGGAUGCUCGCAGUAUGUCCAUGGUGCAGAUGUCUAGGAAAAACAGGAAGCUGUAUGAAGCAAUGCAGAUUGGUAUUGAGCGAAAGAAGGAAACAAACAAGCGCUUGGCAAACAAGCGGAAGAGUGCACAAAAAGCCAGCAAAAAGGAAUAACUGUAUGGCUUUCCCUAAUGUUAGUUUUAAUGUUGUGUUUGCGUCCGGCCUUUUUGAGCCCUAUUUAUCCUAGCAUCUCCUUGUACCUCAAAAAAAUGUGUUGCAACAUUUUCAUAAUGUUUUUAUAUAUUUGUUUAACAUAUUGAGUAGAUACCGAUAAAUUUUGUAGCAAAUAUGUUUUGAGUAGUUUAGGUGUUAGUCACUGGGCCAGUUACAUGAAAGUUUGAAAGGAGAUUUAGGCAUGUACUGUUUCUCUUGUUAUUCACUGUUGAAACUUAUUUGAAGUUUUGCUUAUUUAUUUAU